CUUAACCUAGCCUACCCUAGCCUACCCUACUCUACCCAAGCCUACCCCACCCUACCAACAAGCCCUACAGAGACUGUUUUCUUAGUAGUUUCGGUCAGUGGUUCAUUCGGGUCAGGCAUUGUGCGUGACGAUGCUGGGAUGCGUGUCCCGCCUGCGUCGGCUGGUCCGUCUUGUCCGCCACCUCCCCCUCCAGACCUCCCUGCUCCUCCUCUUCCUUUUCUGCACCGUCAGCGUCUUCGUCUCCGCCUACUUCCUGUACGGCGCGAAACAGGAGCUCGAGCACUCAGGAGGGGGCGUGGCUGGUGGCGAGGGAGUGUCGGCCAUCUACGAUGACCUCCGGGUGAGCCCGUCGCGGCUGCUCCCAGUGCGGGCGGUGUCUGGGGGACCCGGGGGCGAAGGAGGGGGGAGGACAGACCCUGUAGUGCUGGUGUUUGUAGAGAGUCAGUACUCUCAACUUGGCCAGGAUAUCGUGGCCAUCCUGGAGUCGGGACGUUUCCGGUACCGGAUGGAGAUCUCUCCCGGUAAAGGGGACAUGCCCACGUUAACGGAUAAGGAGCACGGGCGCUUCACACUGGUCAUCUACGAGAACAUCCUGAAGUACGUCAACCUGGACGCCUGGAACAGAGAGCUGCUGGACAAGUACUGUGUGGAAUACGGAGUGGGCAUCAUCGGCUUCUUUAAGGCCAAUGAGAACAGCCUGCUGAGCGCCCAGCUCAAAGGCUUCCCCCUCUUCCUCCACUCCAACCUGGGCCUGAAAGACUGCACGGUCAACCCCAAGUCCCCCCUCCUCUUCAUCACGCGCUCCGGCCAGCCUAUCCCCGGCCCCCUUCCCGGUGACGACUGGACCGUCUUCCAGUCCAACCACUCCACCUAUGAGCCCAUCCUCCUAGCCAAAACCCAGUCCGCCGAGAGUGUCCCCUCGCUGGGUACGACGGCCGCACUGCUCCCCUCCGUGGUGCAGGACCUGGGGCUCCAUGAUGGGAUCCAGAGGGUUCUGUUUGGGAACAACCUCAACUUCUGGCUGCACAAGCUGGUGUUUGUGGACGCGGUGGGCUUCCUGACGGGGAAGAGGCUGUCUCUCUCCCUGGAGCGACACCUACUGGUCGAUAUAGAUGACAUCUUUGUGGGGAAGGAGGGCACGAGGAUGAAGGUGGAGGAUGUUAAGGCCCUGUUGGAGACCCAGAGAGAGCUGCGUAACCAUGUACCCAACUUCACCUUCAACCUGGGCUAUUCAGGGAAGUUCUUCCAUGCAGGGUCAGAUGAGGAGGACCUGGGGGAUGACCUGCUCCUCUCCUACGUCAAGGAGUUCUGGUGGUUCCCCCACAUGUGGAGUCACAUGCAGCCCCACCUCUUCCACAACCAGUCAGUGCUAGCUGAACAGAUGCUGCUCAACAAGAGGUUCGCUAUGGAGCACGGUAUCCCCACUAACAUGGGCUAUGCUGUAGCCCCCCACCACUCUGGGGUGUACCCGGUCCACCUGCAGCUGUACGAUGCCUGGAAGAAGGUAUGGGGAAUCAGGGUGACCAGCACAGAGGAAUACCCCCACCUCAAACCUGCCCGCUUCAGACGAGGAUUCAUACACAGCGGUAUCAGCGUCUUGCCCAGGCAGACGUGUGGCCUGUUUACACACACCAUCUUCUAUAAGGAGUACCCAGGCAGUCCCAAUGAACUGGACAAACUCAUUAACGGAGGAGAGCUGUUCCUCACUGUCCUACUCAACCCUAUCAGUAUCUUCAUGACCCACCUGUCUAACUAUGGUAACGACCAGCUAGGCCUGUACACCUUUAAGAGCCUGGUGGCCUUCCUGCAGACCUGGACCAACCUGCGGCUGCAGACCCUGCCUCCCAUCCAGCUGGCCCACAGAUACUUCAGCCUCUUCCCCAACGAGAGAAACCCACUCUGGCAGGAUCCCUGCGAGGACAAAAGGCAUAAGGACAUUUGGUCAAAGGAGAAGACAUGCGACCGUUUCCCCAAGCUGCUUGUCAUUGGGCCUCAGAAGACAGGUUCUACAGCCCUCUAUCUGUUCCUGGGCAUGCACCCUGACCUGACCAGUAACUACCCCAGCAAGGAGACCUUUGAGGAGAUUCAGUUCUUCAAUGGACACAAUUACCACAGAGGCAUUGACUGGUACAUGGAGUACUUCCCCUUGCCAUCCAACACCAGCUCAGACUACUACUUUGAGAAAAGUGCCAACUACUUUGACUCCGAGGUGGCAGCGGAGCGGGCGGCCGCCCUCCUGCCAAAGGCCAAGAUCAUCACCAUCCUCAUCAACCCAGCUGACCGCGCUUACUCAUGGUACCAGCACCAGCGCGCCCAUGACGACCCAGUGGCUCUGAAAUACUCCUUCCAUGAUGUCAUCGCGGCUACCCAUGAUGCCCCAGUGAAACUGCGUGUGCUCCAGAACCGUUGCCUGGUGCCGGGCUGGUACGCCGUCCACAUGGAGCGAUGGCUCAACCACUACCACUCCAGUCAGGUCCUGGUUCUGGAUGGGCAGCAGCUGAAGACUGAGCCGGCCUCAGUUAUGGACAGGAUCCAGAAGUUUCUAGGCCUGGUCAACAUGGUCAACUACCACAGGAUCCUAGCGUUUGACCCCAAGAAAGGCUUCUGGUGUCAGCUGCUGGAGGAAGGGAAGACCAAGUGUCUGGGGAAGAGCAAGGGGCGGCGGUACCCUGACAUGGACCCAGAGUCCCAGUUGUUCCUCAGGGAGCACUACAUGGAUCAAAACAUAGCAUUAUCUAAGCUGCUGUACAGGAUGGGCCAGCCCCUGCCCAGCUGGCUCCGAGAGGAACUGGUCCAUACCAGGUAGCAGCUCAGUGGACUGUACCACAGCUUAACCACCCCCCAUAUGGAGGAGUAUGAUAUUAAUCCCCUGGAGGAUCCAUAGGGGAUUAAAUACUUACCCUUGACAGGGUUCAGAAAGGGGUGUGUUAUGAUGAAAGCCUCUCCUUCUCUAUAUGCUCUUCAUAAGAGGAAAGGAAAGGACAGGGAGGAAAGGACAGGGAGGAAGGGAGAGCAGGGAUGGUGACCAGUGGGCGGUGAGUCUCCUCUCUCUGCCUAAAUUGUACCUCCCCAUGAAACACCACCACCCUUACUUGGUACAUUCCAGGAAGAGACUCCCCACAGGACUGCACCACCUCUUACAGAGGUGGAGGGGUGUGAAGGUACCGGUACAGAUAGGAUGGGAUGGAGAGGAGGGUGUGGUCAACCCUCAUCCCCUCUUUCUUUGACUUUCCCUUGCCUUCCUCACAUGGACUUGGACCUUACUCUUGGGAGGAACAGGAGGAUGAAGAGGAAGAGUGAGACUUGGCUAGCCUGCACAGCACCAGUCAUUUAAGGCUGAGUGAGGUGAAGAAAGGGCAGAUAUUACACUAGAGCAGAGAUCAAUUAGUACUUGAAUCAAUGAAAUAAUGAAUGCCAUUAGUUGAAAAUGCUUGUGGUUUCUGUGUAAAAACCAUAGGGGGGUGGUAUGUUAUAUAUAGACUCAGGCUACAGGUGUGAUGUGGUAUUAUUCACUAGGCCUUUAGACACUAGACAUUAACACAUUUACCAGUGCCAGGACAGAAUCCUCACCACUACAUUACAUGGCCUGUUGACGGUUCUUAUUUUUUAAGAUUGUGAUUUGGAGACAUGUUAUUGUAGAAGGUGAUCAGAAACACGUUUUGCUCCGUUUCUGUUUCGGAUGGGGUCGAAUGCACAGCACAGGAAGUGCAAGGCAGACAGACAAGGCAGCACACAUUGAAAGCACAAUAUGCAAAGUAUUGGUACAUCUCAUAAAUAGACUUUACAGACACACACAUUCUAAUUUAUCAGGUUGUCUGAAAGCACAGUCAUUUUAAUUAACAGAUUGUCUGAGCCCACAGUCAUUCUAAUUUAACAGCUUGUCUGAAAGCGCAGUCAUUCUAAUUUAACAGCUUGUCUGAGGGCACAGUCGUUCUAAUAUAACAGGUUGUCUGAAACCACAGUCAUUCUAAUUUAACAGCUUGUCUGAAAGCGCAGUCAUUCUAAUUUAACAGCUUGUCUGAGGGCACAGUCGUUCUAAUUUAACAGGUUGUCUGAAACCACAGUCAUUCUAAUUUAACAGCUUGUCUGAGGGCACAGUCGUUCUAAUAUAACAGGUUGUCUGAAACCACAGUCAUUCUAAUUCAACAGCUUGUCUGAAAGCGCAGUCAUUCUAAUUUAACAGCUUGUCUGAAAGCGCAGUCAUUCUAAUUUAACAGUUUGUCUGAAAGCGCAGUCAUUCUAAUUUAACAGUUGGUCUGAAACCACAGUCAUUCUAAUUUAACAGGUUGUCUGAAACCACAGUCAUUCUAAUUUAACAGGUUGUCUGAGCCCACAGUCAUUCUAAUUUAACAGGUUGUCUGAGCCCACAGUCAUUCUAAUUUAACAGGUUGUCUGAAACCACAGUCAUUCUAAUUUAACAGGUUGUCUGAAAGCACAGUCAUUCUAAUUUAACGGGUUGUCUGAAAGCACAGUCAUUCUAAUUUAACAGGUUGUCUGAAAGCACAGUCAUUCUAAUUUAACAGUUGGUCUGAAACCACAGUCAUUCUAAUUUAACAGGUUGUCUGAAACCACAGUCAUUCUAAUUUAACAGGUUGUCUGAGCCCACAGUCAUUCUAAUUUAACAGGUUGUCUGAGCCCACAGUCAUUCUAAUUUAACAGGUUGUCUGAAACCACAGUCAUUCUAAUUUAACAGGUUGUCUGAAAGCACAGUCAUUCUAAUUUAACGGGUUGUCUGAAAGCACAGUCAUUCUAAUUUAACAGGUUGUCUGAAACCACAGUCAUUCUAAUUUAACAGGUUGUCUGAGCCCACAGUCAUUCUAAUUUAACAGGUUGUCUGAGCCCACAGUCAUUCUAAUUUAACAGGUUGUCUGAAACCACAGUCAUUUUAAUUCAACAGGUUGUCUGAGGGCACAGUCAUUUUAAUUCAACAGGUUGUCUGAGGGCACAGUCAUUUUAAUUCAACAGGUUGUCUGAAAGAUCAGUCAUUCUAAUUUAACAGGUUGUCUGAAAGGUCAGUCAUAACACAAAUAUUACAGUAUGUGAAGUCGGUCCCACUAAUCAAAGUACAACUUAUGAAGACGUUAUAUAGCAUGCAUAAAGGCUUCAUAGGCGCUACAUAAAUGAUUCACAAAUCAUUUAUAAUCAUAUUUCAUACUCUAAAUGGUGUAUAAAAGGUGACAUAACAGUUCCCACUGUAUGCUUAUACACCAUUCAUAGAUUGAUAUACGCUAAUUAUGAAGCCUUUAUGUAUGCGCUAUAAAGCCUUUAGAAGUUGUACUUUGUUUAAAGUGGGACCGUGAAGUCUGACAUAAGCUAAGUUUAAAUGCACUAAUGUCCAACAGUCUUCUGCAGUUUGAGGAAAAAAUUAAAUAAAUCCUUAUUUUUGAAUGUUCCAUUUCAUUUGUUUUAGCAGUUGUUCAUAGUAUUUCUGAGUUGCAUCAGGGAGAAUCUAAAACAUGCACAUCUAACAUAGUCAGUAUGCCCCUAGUUACAGUUAUAGUAGUUGUUACUCAGACACUGGUCACAUGGUACUACCACUGCAAGCAUACAUAACAAAAAGCUGCUCUUACUGCAAUAGUUUUGUACAAUGUUGUUCAGACGUAAUAACAACGCACAUGCUGUUCAUUUUUUUCUUUCCUGACUCUAAUCUAAUGUUAUAGACACCAAUUAUUGAAUAUGAUUGAGGUGAAACUCUUCCGGCCCCCUCUCAUAGUGCAAUGAAAGAGGUAUUCAGUUGGGACAGAAUUAUCCAGGUAGUAUUGAAAUAUCACUACUAUGGAUCAUAAUAUAGUGUCGUCUGCUGAAGUCCCAACAGAUCUCUUUCAUCCUAUCUGUUCAUAGGAACGUUCCUCCCCUCUUAAUCCUUCUCUCAACUACCCCCACACUGCCAACUGUUGUACAGAGCUCCUUGAUUUCUUUAUUUAAAGUAUUAUUGACAUGAUAAUAACACAAUAACAACAAUGAUGGUACUAAUCUCCCCGGACUGUACGAUAAAGACUUGUAAUUGUUAAUUUUUACAGUGUAACUAAUGUUGUUGGUGCUUUUUAAUUUGCAAAUAAAACACCACUUGAUUUUUA